UGAGAAACAAGGGAAGGCACGCUUAGCGUUGACAAUAUCAUUUCAAUUUCGUACAAAAUUAAUCAAGUAAUGAGGAACAUGAUAUAAAUUUUGUGAACGGUCGCGUGGAGAAUGGGAAACACCGGAUCCGCGCAAUCAAAAACGCAGAAGCGGAGACUGAGUGACAACGUAGGUGGUCACAUCGGAAGGAAUGGAAAAGUUGUAAGAGCUCCCGGACGGCGAGGACUCAAUGGACAGGAGUUAAUAAAAUUUCGGGCAACUAAUCCUUUCAUAAUCUUCUACUUGCGUCUACGUAGCAAAAGACCCAAAGACCAUGUAACUGUGAUUGCACGGACAGCUGGAAAAUUAUGGUCCCAAAUGACUUCAGAACAAAGAAAGAAAUAUAUAGAUUUGGCAAACGCUGAGAAAAGAAGACGGGAAGAGCAAAAAAGGAAACGAAAAUCGAGAAGAAAAAAUAGAAGACGUUUAUAAAAAUUCAUGAAAUGGUGAAAAAAAGUGAAUAGAAUUGAACUGGUAUACCAAGUAUGCGUGUGCA